AUGGCCUCGAUGCCACAACAGCCACUCGGUCUUGCCCAACACGAAAACACGAAUAUCAAUCCAUAUCGGCCCUCUUCAACUUAUAUACCACCACAUCCAUUCAAUUUCAGCCAAUAUAACAACGACGAUAUCCUUUCAGACCAGAACCUCCUGGGCCCGAAGCAACCACUGCUAUUCAACGUCGCCCAACAGCACAUCCUCCUCGAGUUCAAUCCACGGCCCUUGGCUUAUGCACCAUUGCAGCCGGAGCUUCCCUGGUUGCCGGAUGGCGGAGCCCCACAGCAACAGUCGCAGGAAGAGCUCUUACUCGGCGGCUUUCACGCUCAGGGGCCUCCUGGCUCUAACAGUGACGAAGCAAACGGUAACAUAUCUGGCGAGGAGCGACCAGACGAGGAGCAGUUGGACGAGGACCAGUCCGACGAGGAGCUCUUCCAGGACAGUCACCUUGAAUCUCCCAAGCGGGAAGAACCUCAUCCGCUUGGCAUGCCUCAGCAACCCGCCGCAAUUCAGAAUGCACAUCUAAGGAUGUGCAACAUGCCCGGCUGUGACCAGCCUACGAUGACCCAAACCAGGCGGUCUUACCGUUGUCGUGACCACUUGGAUAAUCCGCCUCCGCGGUCGUGGGAGACAGCUCUGAACGAGGCCGUUGCAGCCGGCCACGGAUAUUGCACCGGUUGCAAUAGGUUGCGACCACGCCGCGCUCCCGGCAGGAACUGCUGGGAGUGCCUUUGCAAGAACCGACGCCAGAGAUUUGGCGUGUGCGGCGGGUGUCCGGCUUCGUGGUGCCCGAAUCGGGUCGUCUAA